AAUAUUCUGAGUCAGCGUGUGAAUCAUUUACAGAUAUCUGGCACAAUUGACAUAUAUAAUAACUUAAGAAGUUGUUUAAUCGUUUGCGAAUUCCACACAGGGCUAUUACGUAUCCGGCGUGUCACGGAGAAUGCCUAACUCUUCCCGUGUUGUGCCCUUUAAAGGGCAGCGAUAUUCGCCGAUUAGAAGGAAAUGUGCUCGGAAGAAUGCCUUAUUUGUGGACGGGGAAUUCCCGCCAUCUGGUUCGUCCAUUUACCACAGUCGUCCUGCACCAGCAGACAUUAUCUGGAAAAGGCCGAAGGAUAUCGUGGCUGACCCGAAGUUUUUCAUCGAUAAGGCGAGUGCAGAUGACUUCGCCCAGGGCGAGAUCGCCAACUGCUGGUUCGUCGCGGCUUGUGCUUGCAUCGCCGAGGAUUCCAGAAUGUGGAAGAAGAUCGUGCCCGACUACAAGUCUCAGGAAUGGAGUCCGGAUAACAAGUAUGUUGGAAUGUUUCACUUCAAUUUCUGGAGGUGUGGGGUGUGGCACAGUGUUGUCAUUGACGACUACCUCCCCACUAGACAGGGUCGACUCAUCUUCCUCCACUCGAAAUCCAGGAACGAGUUCUGGUCAGCGCUUCUCGAGAAAGCAUACGCUAAGUUGUUUGGAAGCUACGAGGCGCUGUCAGGAGGGAAGGCUCGAGAUGCGAUGGUCGACAUGACAGGCGGAGUGGGCGAGAGUCUGGAGAUCUCUAACUUCAGGUCGGAGGACGAGCGGAUGAGGCUGUUCACCAUCCUCCACAAGGCCAUGGACUACAAGUCAUUGAUGAGCUCGUCCAUAAUGGCCAGAUCUGCAGCAGACAUGGAGGCCAAACUGAGUUGCGGCUUGGUGAAAGGACACGCCUACAGCGUGACAGACGUCAAGAAAAUCCCGCUCAAGGGCACGUGCACCAGUCUGUUCAACUUCUUGAACAGAGACAAAAUCCUCAUGAUACGGCUGAGGAAUCCGUGGGGAGGUAUGGAGUGGCGGGGGCCGUGGAGUGACGGCUCUAUUGAAUGGAAGAAAGUGAGCGAAAAAGAAAAGAAAGAUCUUGGUCUGACAUUUGACGACAAUGGAGAAUUUUGGAUGUCGUUCGACGACUACUGCCGCUACUUCACCAACAUCGACAUCUGCCACAUCAUCAACACGUCGCUGUUGUCGCUGAAGAAGACGUGGAAGGAGGUGGUAAUCGAGAACGAGUGGCGACGUCCCCAGCGCGCGGGCGGGUGUGGAAACCACCGCACCUUCCUCAACAACCCUCAGUAUCUGUUCAAGUUGUCUGAAGACGAAGAAGAGGUCCUGCUUUCCGUUGAGCAGGAGGACCGGCGUUCUGUCGGCAUCAGGGACAACAACUACGUCAUUGGCGUCACCAUCAUGAAAACAGACCUAAACCGGAAAUGCCGAAUGCACGACAAACAGGAACGGGUGCACGCGGGGCCGUUUGUCCAGUCUAGGAGCGUGUUCGCACGGGUUACCCUGCCAAAAGGAAUCUACUGCUUCAUCCCGUCAACCUUUGACCCCGGCCAAGAAGGUCGUUUCAUAAUGCGGUUCUAUUCGGCAAACGUCGUUUCGUACAAAGAGCUAAAACGAGAUGUUCCGAAACCCCCUGGUUGUUUCGGUGACCCUGCACAGUUCGCUACUGCUGUGAAUAUCGUAAACGCCGAGAAACCCGUCAAUAAACAAGGAGACAACAAAGAUCUGGAAAUGUAUUGUAUUAUUCUCUGUGAGAAGAAAGAGAUCAGGACUCCAGCUGUUAAGCUGUCGGAAAAAUGGAACCACAGAGCAACAUUCUACCGGAAAAAGCCGAACGAAGACAUAGAGAUACAGGUGUGGGAAACCAAUCUUCUAAGGGAUGCCAUGCUUGGGUCUGUGACGCUGCCGAUGUCGAAGGCUCACGAAUACACGGGCGGAAACAUUAUCAGACGUUACGACCUGACCAUCAAAGGAGACGACGACAAGACUGAAAGAACUGGAUUCAUCUGGCUCAACGUGUUUCACACUCCUAAUCUGGAUUUAGUGUAAAACUCCUAAUCUCGACUUAGUGUGAAACUCUGGUUCAUCGUAUUUCACACUACUAAUCAGGACUAGUGUGAAACUCUGGUUCAACGCGUUUCACACUCCUAAUCUGGACUUCAGCAUGAAACUGUAUUCGUAUCUUCUGACUCAAAAUGUUUCACAUUUCAAAUUUGCAGUUAGUGUGAAACUGUUCGAAUAUAUUUUCAGUAGCAUCUGGGUCAAUGCUUUUUACAUAUCCAGCUUGAGAUGUGGAACUGCAUUCAAAUCGUUUCGGCGAAUUGUGGCUCAGAAUUGCUCACGUUUCACAUCUGUAGUUAGUUUAUAACUGUUCGAAUAAAUUAAAAGACAUCUGGAUCAAUGCUUUUCACACAUUAAUCUGGAGAUAGUGUGAAACUGUGUGCGAAUCUGUUCACUGCACUUCGGCUCAAAAUGUUUCAUAUUUCAAAUCUGCUUAUUUGGGUAAAACAGUGGUCAAACGUAUUCAGUAAAGAUAACUUCUGGCUCAACGCGUUUCACAUUUGAAAUACACUGUUUGUGUAAGACUGUGCUCGGAUAUAUUCGGCGACAUUUUGCUCAAAAUGUAUCACACCUUAUUAUUGUUAUUAGUGUGAAGCCAUGUUGGUUAUAAAUACACAAAGUGUGUGUGUGAAAUAUAUCUGACUCAAAGUGUACUCACAUCGAAUUCGUUCAGUAGUUUGUCGCUCAAAGUGUGUUUACCAGGCCUGUUGCCAGGGGACAUGGGGGACGUUCCCCUGAAAAGUUUGUCCACCCCCCCCCCCCCCCCCCCCGAAAAAAAGAAAAAAAAAGAAGAAAAAGAAAAGAAUCUGCUGGACAUUAGCUAUUGUGUGUGUGCCUUGAUUACAUAUGCCCCCUUAAACAUGAAUGUCACAAAUGAUGCCAGCUGGCCACGGACCUGCGUGUUACACUGCGAAUAUAUUCAUAAACGUUCUGAGAUUGAAAGUGUGUUAUACUAUUCAAUGUCCUAAAGCGUUUUUACUUCUAAAUAUUCAGUACUGGUUAUCACACUGUAUUAUCUUUUUAUACUAUUCAAUGUCCUAAAGCGUUUUUACUUGUAAAUAUUCAGUACUGGUUAUCAUGCUGUACUAUCUUUUUAUACUAUUCAAUGUCCUAAAGCGUUUUCACUUCUAGAUAUUCAUUACUGGUUAUCAUGAUGUACUAUCUUUUUAUACUAUUCAAUGUCCUAAAGCGUUUUUGCUUCUAAAUAUUCAGUACUGGUUAUUAUGCUGUACUAUCCUUGUGUAUUAGUCAAUGCCCUAAAGCAUUUUUUCCUGUAAAUAUCCAGUACUGGGUACCAUGCUGUACUAUCUGUUUAUACUAUUCAAUGUCAAAAAACGUUUUUACUUAUAAAUAUUCAGUACUGGUUAUCAUGCUGUACUAUCUUUUAUACUAUUCAAUGUCAUAAAGCGUUUUUACUUCUAGAUAUUCAUUACUGGUUAUCAUGCUUUACUAUCUGUUUAUACCAAUCAAUGUCCUAAAGCGUUUUUAUUUCUAGAUAUUCAGUACUGGUUAUAAUGCUGUACUAUCUUUUUAUACUAUUCAAUGCCAUAAUACGUUUUUACUUCUAAAUAUCCAGUACUGGUUAUCACGAUGUACUAUCUUUUUAUACUAUUCAAUGUCAUAAAGCGUUUUUACUUGUAAAUAUUCAGUACUGGUUAUCAUGCUGUACUAUCUUUUUAUACUAUUCAAUGUCCUAAAGCGUUUAUACUUCCAGAUAUCCUAUAGUGUUUUUACUUCUAAAUAUUCAGUACUGGUUAUCAUGUUGUACUAUCUUUUUCAUACCAUUCAAUGUCCUAAAGCGUUUUUACUUGUAACUAUUCAGAACUGAUUAGCUUGUCAGAAAGUGUUUCUCUGUUCAUUCUGUUUUCUUGUACUCAUAUCGUUUAACAUUUCGUAUGUGCUGCCUGUGACACACCAGGUUCGAGUUCAUUCAUUGCCAUUAAUUUUGUUAUGGGUGGGGGGGGGGGGGGGGGGGAGGGCGGAACAUUGCCUAGUGGUAAAGCUCUCGCUUGAUUAGCGAUCGGCCUAGGAUUGAUCCCUAUCGGCUGGCCCAUUGGGCUAUUUGUCGUUCCAGCCAGUACAUCACGACUGGUAUAUCAAAGGCCGUAGUAUGUGCUAUCCUGUAUGUGGGAUACUACAUAAUGAAAGAUCGCUUGUAUAUCAUGAGUCUCAGUGAUUAAUGAGAUUCAUUGAAUGAACCACUAUAUUGCUAAAUGCCCAUUCGACUCUGCAUUGUGCAAAAAAUCCAGACCCGACCAAGUAUUACGGUUUUUGUCGUUUAGAUUUUAUACACCAGUCGUGGUGCACUGGUUGGAACUAGAAAUAUUCGAACCGUCCCAUAUUUAUAAAGGUGUUUUAACGUUAAAACAUGUUUUAAAAUGAUAAAGCAAUUUGAUAGCAAAAUCUAAUGAAUAUAAACCGGUUUUAGGUUUAAAACGCUCACACUAAAACACGUUUUGAUAACCAUAUUUAUAAAAACAUUUAAAUUCUAAAACGUUUUUUGACACACCCUAAACACAUGUUUUACUUAAAACAACGAACGGGCGUGUGUCUGGACUCAGUCGCUGCUACAGUUUUACACAUCAACCAUGGAUAAGUUUCGACAAGUACAUCUUCGUAUAGGUUAUAAGGCAUUAAGACGUUUCUUCAGAAAUAAGAAGGGGUGGAGCGAAACGGAGCCCGUUCAUAUUUGUGAAAAAACGUCUUAAGCCAUCUAACCGAUUUAGACGGCAUUUCAAAUGUUCAAUACUUGAUAUGGGCGGGCAAGCGUCAUUGCGUGUUUGCACCAGUUGUUUUGACGUCUGUUGAGGCCCAUUUUGUAAUAAACGACCCAUUUUGUAAUA